AUGGAAGCUUUGCUGCAUGAUACAGUAGGUAUGAUUGGUCAAUUAGGUGGUCAAGAAUUAAAUUUUCAGAUGUUCAGAGACACUUCUGAUGCUCAAGAUGAUGGUGAUGAUAGUUGUCAAGAUUCAGAUGAAGACACAGAAGAAUUAACAGAAGGAAUUUCUGUAGAACAACUUGGAGAUGGAUGUGCUGAAGAAAAUAGUAAUUUUUUGAAGUUGUUGAGAGAUGCUGAAGAAGAGUUGUUUCCUGGAUGCAAGACAUUUUCAAAGUUGUCAUUCAUAAUACAUUUGUAUCAUAUAAAGUGCUUAGGUGGAUGGACUGAAAAAUCAUUUACAAAGGUGCUUGAGUUGUUAGGUCGGGUAUUUGGUGAGCAUUCAUCUUGGCCAAAAUCUUCUUAUGAGGCAAAAAAAAUUAUUAAGGCCUUAGGUCUUAAUUAUGAGAAAAUUCAUGUUUGUAAGCAAGAUUGCAUGUUGUUUUGGAGAGAGUAUGCAAGUGCAGAAUCAUGUCAUAUUUGUGGUACUUCUCGUUGGGUGGAUAGCACUAAGAAAAGACCCGUGAAGGUGUUACGGUAUUUUCCCUUGGUACCAAGACUACAAAGAUUUUUCAUUUUGGAGCAAACUGCAAAUGAUAUGAGAUGGCAUGAUGAAGGUCGCAAUAAAGAUGGAAUUCUACGACAUCCUGCAGAUGGUGAAGCAUGGAAAUCUUUUGAUGCUCGAUAUCCGGAUUUUUCUUCAGACUCUCGUAAUGUUAGGCUAGCCCUUGCUAGUGAUGGUUUUAAUCCUUUCAGGAUGAUGAGUAGCAACUAUAGUGUGUGGCCAGUUGUCCUUGUUCCAUAUAACUUACCGCCUUGGAUUGGAAUGAAGCAACAUUCAUUUAUUUUAUCUAUGAUAAUUCCAGGAGAUAAGGGGCCGACAAAUGACAUUGAUGUCUUUCUACAACCUCUAAUAGAAGAGCUAAAGAAAUUGUGGGAAGGUGUGGAAACCUAUGAUGCUUCCAAACAUCAAAAGUUUCACAUGCGGGCUGCAUUAAUGUGGACUAUAAAUGACUUUCCAGCUUAUGCAUAUUUAUCUGGUUGGAGUACCAAAGGGAAGUUUGCAUGUCCAUGUUGUGCUGAAAACACUUCUUCUUUGUGGUUAUAUAAGGGUAAAAAAUAUUGUUACAUGUGUUCUCGUAGGUGGUUACCUGAAGGUCACCGGUUUCGUUAUCAAAAACAAUUAUUUGAUGGCACCGAGGAAGUAAGGCUACCACCAAAGCGAGCAAGUGGAAGUGAUGUGUUGAAUCAACUAGAUGGGCUUCAAUUCACUUUUGGAAAAUUUAUGAAGAAAAAAGGCAGGAAGGAAAAUAGAAAGAAGAAGCGCAAAAGAACAAAACAUUCAAGAAUUAGUGUACAAGAAUCUAAUGAAGAGAGUUCAAGUAGAAAUGACAAGGGCCUUAUUGAUCAUAUGAAGUGGUGGAAGAAAAGAAGUAUAUUUUUUAUGUUACCUUAUUGGGAACAUAACUUAUUGCGCCACAAUCUUGAUUUGAUGCACAUAGAAAAAAAUGUGUGUGAUAAUUUGAUUGGAACUUUUUUGGGACUUGAUAAGUCGAAGGACAAUUUGAAGGCACGCCUUGACUUAGUUGAUAUUGGUAUAAGAUUUGAACUUCACCCUCAAAUUCUUGAAAAUGGGAAGAAAAUACUACCUCCGGCUUGUUUUACAUUAUCUACAGAACAAAAAGAGAUUCUUUGUCAAGUUGUUAAAGACAUCAAAGUGCCUGAUGGUUAUGCUUCAAACAUUUCAAGAUGUACAUCCUUCCAUUAG